AUCACCAAAAACCACAGAACAAGAGCUGUGUGGGUGGAGCCAGCGGUGGGCGGAGCCAGCGGUGGGCGGAGCCAGCGGUGGGAGGAGCGCUGGCUCCUCUCAGAAGGAGCAGACCGAGGAGCAGCUCCUCAGUCCUCUGUGUUGCAUCAAAGAUCCUCUACGACCAGACAGAGCUCUCACUCUCAGAAGAACAGAGAUGAUGUCAGGUGUGACUCCAUCAGCUGAUUGGUCGUCAGGCUCUCCAGCCACCAGGGGUCAGAGGUCAUCAGGCUUCAGGAUGAAGCUCGGCGCUGAAGCUCACUGGUCGGCCUCGGAUGAAUCCGGGCUCCUCAGACGGCCUCACCGAUUGGACGACGCCAGCUGUCUGUCACUCGGCUCCGCCUACAGCCCGCCUCCUGACUACUCCUUAUAUGGGCAUCCUGCUCCAGCUCCGCCCCCGGCCUUCCUGCGCCCCUCCCCACCUGGAUGGGACCUGCUCAGUCCUUCCUGGUCUCCAGCCUGGAGUGAGCCAGAGCGCCGCCAGUGUUUCGGCUGCGGGACCCACAGCGCCCUCCUGUGGAGGAGGGAGGCAGCAGGAACGCACCUGUGUUCCACCUGCAGCGUGCGACAGCAGAACCCGCCGCUGCUGCGGCCCAAGAGGAGAGCGGUGAGGUCACGCCUGCUGGUUACUGUAGAAACAGAUCCACCUGGGGGCGGAGCCAGAGCCUCUUGCUGGAACUGUGACAAAGUUCUCAACCGGGUCAGAACCGACCCAGUCAGAAGCUGCUGCUUCAUCCAGACUGGAGGAAAUUCAGCCUCCAGCCAGCAGGGGGCGCUGUAUUCAGGCGUCCUCAGCGUUCCGUCUCUUCCUGCUUCCAGGCGGCGGCCAGGAAAGGAACUCAGUGCUCCAACUGCGGGACAGGAACCACGUCUUUGUGGAGGAGAAACGCUGCAGGAGACGCCGUCUGCAACGCCUGUGGCCUCUACUACAAGCUGCACCAGGUGCAUCGGCCACUGGCACUGAGGAAGGACGGGAUCCAGACCAGGAAGAGACGAUCGGCCAAUCAGAGGCCAGGCAGGAAGGGAGCUGACCAAUCAGGGCCCUGGGCUGGCCCACUGUGCUAAACCGGACCGGUUCUGUGACCCGGUUCCUCUGAGGAUGAUGAUGAUGAUGUGGAAUAAAGCAUGUGAAGCUGGG